AUGGUCGACUACUACCAACAGCCGCCGUCCUACCAUCAACCGGGCUACGACUACACCCAGCAGGAAGAGGAGUGGGAUCGCGAAGGACUCCUUGAUCCCGCCUGGGAGAAGCAACAGAAGAAGGUGAGCAAAGGGCAAUCAAUCUAAAGAGAUGUCGCGAAGAACAAUUGCAACCUGAAGAGUCUUUCACACAAGAGUAGAAAAUCAAUUUGGGAUAGCCAUAACACUACACUACUUAUGCCGUGAAUCAACAGUUUUGAUAGCUACCGUAUGUCGUGACGUUGAAAAAUGCGACACGUUAGCCUCAAAGAUCCAACUCCCCCGCAAGCAUGAUGAUGAUCAGGGCUCAGAACCAAUGUUCUUUCAUUUUCCUCUUUCUCUUUCGUCCACAAGCUCAUCUUCAUGAUCCGUCAUUCCAACCUUGAUUUACUUGCAAUUCACGGGGUGAUAAAUGACUCUAUCUCUUCUCUCUCUCUCUCUCUUUCAUUACAAGCAUGUUUUUUCCUCUCCAUUACACACGUUUGCCACGCUUCUCUCGCUCUUUCUCUCAGGAGAAUGGCAAAAAAAAACCGCGGGAGGAAAGAAAGAGAGGAUAAGGAUAACAGAGGCUGACGAGAGAUUUGUGUGGUGCUGGUUCAUAACCGAGUGGGAGUGGAAAGAGCAAGUGACGGGAAGUUGUAAUUUGAGAAGAGCCACACGGCUCAAACCUAAGAAUUAGGGCAAAAAACGUUUGGUAUGGACACCUCGAAGAACAAUUUAACAAAUCGUUUCAGACCUUCACCGCCUGGUGCAACUCUCACCUACGCAAAGCCGGAACUUCAAUCGAUACAAUUGAGGAGGACUUCAGAAAUGGACUCAAGCUCAUGCUUCUUCUCGAGGUCAUCUCCGGAGAGCCUCUUCCGAAGCCGGAUCGCGGAAAGAUGCGCUUCCACAAGAUUGCAAACGUGAACAAAGCUCUCGAGUACAUUGAGUCGAAAGGAGUCAAGCUGGUGUCGAUUGGUGCCGAGGAGAUUGUGGAUGGGAAUGUGAAAAUGACGCUCGGUCUGAUCUGGACCAUCAUUCUCCGAUUCGCCAUUCAGGAUAUUAACGUGGAAGAGUUGUCCGCUCGCGACGGACUUCUCCUCUGGUGUCAACGUAAGACUGCGCCGUACAACAAUGUGAACGUGCAGAACUUCCACAACUCAUGGAAGGACGGUCUCGCCUUCUGCGCCCUCAUCCAUCGUCAUCGUCCUGAUCUGCUGGACUACAGCCAACUGCAUAAGGGAGACCCGAUUCACAACUUGAACUUGGCGUUUGAUAUUGCCGAGAAACACUUGGACAUUCCGAGAAUGCUCGACGCUGAGGGUGAGUAUUACUAAUAUGGUAGUAGGGGGUCAUGUACUUCAAGGAGGAAUAGUGGGUUCUUCAAGAAAAUCCUUCCAUGAACCUAUAGUCAGUUCGAACAAUCUCUUAACUUCAACUAUUCCCCGUUUCCCUACGCUUCUAUCUCCCAUCACAGACGUGGCACGUCAUCCGGACGAAAAGUCAACGAUGACCUAUGUCUCGUGUUUCUACCACGCGUUCCGCAACAUGCGCGAGCCGCCACCGCCGCCUGUCGUCCGUCAGCCACCACCGCAGCGGGUCGUCGUUGCCCCGCCACCGGAGCGCGAUUGGAGAAAAGAUGUGAGCAUCUGUGAAGAUGUCAAACGACGUGCUAUUUGUCCGCCGCCGCCGCGUUCUAGUGUAUCGUGUUCGUGUCUGUCCCAAAAACCGAAUUCAAAAAUGAGUGAAUUGACGUGGUUUUCUCUUUUCAAACUAACACCCACCCUGCUGUUUUUCCGAUAACUGUCUCACAAAAUACAUUCAGAUAUGGCCAACUCACAACCGGACGAGAAAGCAGUGAUGACCUAUGUUUCGUGUUACUACCAUUACUUCAGCGGAAUGCGUAAGGUUUGUAGUGUUUUGUGUCUAAAUUCUAUGUGGUUUGAUAUAAAUGUGAGUUACGGUAUUUAGAAGUACCUCUUAUUUUGUAGCUUCAAAAUACUGUAACCCAGUCUUUUAUUGUUAAGAUGUUCAAAAAAUGAAAUAUGUUUAUAGGCUGAAACCGCUGCGAACCGCAUUUGUCGUGUGCUGAAAGUGAACCAGGAGAACGAGAAGAUGAUGGAGGACUACGAGAACCUGGCCUCUGAUGUAAGACAAUUAUUCAGAUUCUUUAGUUAAGGUAUGUUCUUCAGCUUCUCGCCUGGAUCGCCCGUUGGAUGCCUUGGCUCGCGAACCGUUCCACCGACGACACUCUACAGCAGGCUCAGCAGAAGCUCGAAGACUACCGCAACUACCGUCGUCACGAGAAGCCGCCACGUAUUGAGGAUAAGGGGCGUCUGGAGACGCUCUUCAACACUCUUCAGACCCGUCUUCGUCUCUCCAACCGUCCUGCUUUCCUACCACGCGACGGACAUUUGAUCAAGGACAUCAAUGCCGCGUGGGCCGGACUUGAGGAUUCGGAGAAAGGAUUCGAGGAGUGGCUUCUUUCUGAGAUUAUGCGCCUCGAACGCCUCGAGCACUUGGCCGAGAAGUUCCGACGCAAAUGCGCACUUCACGAGGAAUGGGCUCAUGGCAAAGAAGACGCUCUACGUAGCAACGACUGGAGAAGCUGCGGGCUUUACAAGAUCAAGGCUCUCCGCAAGCGUCACGAAGCUUUUGAGAGUGACCUUGGCGCCCAUCAGGAUCGCGUUGAGCAAAUCGCCGCCAUUGCUCGCGAGCUCAACAAUCUUCGCUACCCGGAUAUCGGACCGAUCAACGCUCGUUGCCAAGCAAUCUGCUCUCAAUGGGACCGUCUCGGACAACUCUCUUCGAAGCGUCGUGAGACCCUCGAGGAUGCCGAGCGCAUUGCCGAACGCCUCGACUCCCUCUACUUGGACUUUGCCAAGCGAGCUGCUCCGUUCAACAACUGGCUCGAUGGGGCUCGUGAAGAUCUUGCCGAUCUGGUUAUUGUGCACGAAAUGCGAGAAAUUGAGGAGCUGGUCACUUCGCACGAUCAGUUCAAGUCGACGUUGGGAGACGCGGACAGAGAAUUCACAAGCAUCAACCAGAUCGAGCAAGAAGUCGAGCAUCUGGUCACUUCGCACGGUCUUGACAGAGAGCUUCUGCGCAACCCGUACACUGAUUUGUCGGCCACCGAUAUCCGUAGAAAGUGGGGAGAGGUUCAGAGCUCUGUGCCACGUAGGGAUUCGCAGCUGCAAGCGGAGCUUAGAAGACAGCAAAGUGAGCUGAAAAGAGAGAAUGACUAAUGUGUUUAAACGUUUUUUGUUUCAGACAAUGAACGCCUCCGAACCAUCUUUGCCGAGAAGGCGAACCAAGUGGGCCCGUGGCUGGAACGCGAGCUCGAGCAAGUGCUUGCUAUUGGCCUUGGACAGCGUGGACGCCUCGAGGAUGCCAUCCAACAGCUCCGUUCCAUCCAACGCAACGUCGUCGGCUACAGACCGAACCUUGACGAACUCGAGAGAAUUCAUCAGGAGAUGCAGGAGAACUUUGUCUUCGAGAACCGCAAGUCCCGCUACUCGAUGGAAUCGCUUCGUGUCGGAUGGGAGACCCUGCUCACCAGCAUCAACAAAACCAUCAACGAGUACGAGAACCAGGUGCUUCUUCGUGAUUCGAAGGGCAUCAGCGAAGAGCAGAUUGCCGAGUUCCGCUCUUCGUUCAGUCAUUUCGAUAAGGAACGUGCCGGACUUGAUCCCGAACAGCUCAGGGCGUGUCUCAUCUCCGUCGGCUACACCAUCCGACCAGGCCGUGAGGGCGACGCUGAGUUGCAUCGCGUUUUGGCUCAUGUCGACCCGAACCGUAUGGGACGAGUUCCAUUCGAGGCGUUCUUGGAUUUCAUGACCAAGGAGAAUUCGGAUCAGGAUACUGUCGAACAGAUGAUUGACUCGUUCAGAAUAUUGGCUUCCGGAAAGGUGACACGCGUUAUGAUGCAAAUCCAAUUCUCACAAACAUUUUUUGCAGACGUUCAUCACCGCCGAAGAGCUCGAACGUGAGCUGCCGCGAGACCAGGCCGCCUAUUGUAUGGCCCGAAUGGCUCCGUCCCGAGAGCCAGGAGCUCCGCCCCGAUCGUUCGACUAUGUCACGUUUUCCCGCAGUCUUUACUCCCAGUAA